ACACACACUGAACCCAUCACAAGAAGAUGGCUGCGCCCUGUAGGAAGAUGGCGAGUCGGUCCUUUUCCCAGCUUUUGUAUUGUUUUAACAGGACAGCCGUCGGGAGCGUGGGAUGUCGCCGGUUUUCCGUCACCCCUGUCGGCAGAGCGAGGCCCCAGGCCGGCCCUGCAGUGGAAAGAGCGACUUCUCCCUGGACUUUGAUGGCCGCGGUGUGUCUGCAGAGGUUGCCAGUCAUUUCAGCGGACGAGAGUCCGAUAGAGCAGCGCUUCAAGCAGAUGAUGCAGCAGAUGGAGCUGGAGAAAAGCGUGCUGUCGGACCACGAGCUGCGGCUGUUGGAGGACGCGGAUAGGAUGAGUCGGAAGCAGGCUGGCGACUAUGACUCGGAUGAGGAGGAGGGCCACGGCGACCAAGAGAUCAUGCUGGGCCAGGACUUGGAGGACACCUGGGAGCAGAGGCUAAAGAACUUCCAGCCUGCCCCGAGGGUCAGAGCCGACGUCGAUAAGGACUUGACCUCGGUGCAGCGCUGUCUGGCCGACUCGCUGGUGCUGCUGGCCGAGCAGCAGGUGGGAGCAGAGAAGCUGUGGCUGCUGCCUCAGGCUGCGUGGCAGGAGGGAGAAACGCUGCGACAGACGGCGGAGAGAGCGCUCGGCUCCGUGACAGCAGCUGAUCUCAAGGCGACCUUCCUCGGCAACGCUCCCUGUGGGGUCUACAAGUACAAACUGCCCAAAGCCGCUCGGACGGAGAGUUCAGUCGGAACGAAGGUGUUCUUCUUCAAAGCCGUCCUGGCUGACAGCGCUCCGGCAAAAGCUCCAAACACGGCCUUGCUUUGGGUGAAGAAGAGUGAGGUGCAGAAAUACCUGAAACCAGCAUACGCGAUGAAGGUUGACCGCUUCAUCCUCAGCCUGUGACCAGGGACUCAGAGAAUAUUCAUCAGGCUAAGAUUGUUACCUUUGUUGCUGUCAUCCACUUUCAAUAAAUACUCUGUUGUUCAGUGACAA